UAGCAAAAAUAAAAGAUGUUCAAUCGGAUAAUAAAGGCUUGUUGCACAAAAACAUGUUUGAUCACAAUUUCUUUGACGGUAAAAUGAAGAACUUGAACGUCUCUUCUACCGUCUCUGCUGCCAUCUGGCGUUUCUUUGAGUAACACACACCCGAUCACAUUAUCCAGGUAGAAGUAUUCGAUUGGUCGAGUCUUGGCAGGUACAAGAGAGAGUCGACGCCACAUAUGCUGUUCGGACAUAACUCUUUUUUUUAUCUUUUACUAUCUAAAAGGACUUUGGAUUUUACUUCGAAUGAGACGGUGACAACUUCGUCUUUGUUUUUCGAUUAAAUAAUGCCUGUGGUCAUGUAUUCCCCGGGAGAAGACGCCGAAUAUCGCAGUUGUUUGUGACUUUCGUUGAACGUUUCCUGUUUCGGAGCAGAUACACCUGCUGUGCUGACUUCAAGUUUCGGUCGACGCCGUUUUUUCAUUAUGAUCCACACGUCCCCGUGCUGUGAGAUCACCAUGUUUAUUUUCCAUGUCUUCUUGCUGGUUCAUCUGCUCAAAUGUGGACACUCAGCCUGCACCAGGACUUUGCUCUCGAACCAGGACCAGGAUGAGCGAGAAAUUUUUGUAGGUGCUGGGGAUGCACACUCAUUUCUGGGUCGUCAUCUGCUGUUUAACCGGUUUGACUUUGAAAUAUUUGUACCUGGAAACCUGGAACGGGAGUGUUUCGAAGAAGUGUGCAACUAUGAGGAGGCCAGAGAGGUGUUUGAAAACAUCCCUGCUACAGAUGAUUUUUGGAAGCAGUACAACGCAGACAAGCGGCCCGCACGAGUGGAUGUGACGUCUGUUCUGAUCGGGCUCAUCGUAGCCGGGGUGGCCAUUGUCAUUAUUUGCCUCCUGCUCUGGUAUUUUUGCCAAGGCAGAUGCAAAGACAACGUCAGCCGUUCGAGUUCCAUCAGGGUGCGUCCGAGAAGAAGCAAUGCCUCCUUGAUAAUGAGGAGGUUAGAGGAGGUGUCUCUACAGCCGGUGAACCCAACCCCAGUGGAUGAGGGAAACCCCCCAGGACUGCCUACCUACGAGCAGGCCAUUGCCAAGAGUGGACAGCACGAUGCCCCGCCUCCUCCCUAUCCUGGCUCACGGCAUGGAAGUUUAAGACGGUAGUGGCUUCAGGACUGGGCAGUAGACAGUCUGUCUCUGCUGUACCUUUAAAAACACAACACAGGAUUUAAGUGCCUUUUGUUUAUUGCUUAUUAGACUGUUUGUUUGAAGCCUUUCUGACCUGCUGGUGUAAUGUCUUCUUCUUGUUGUUUUGGGGUUUUUUUUAUGAAGUGCCCGUGCCAGAAUUCCAAUCCCUGUUUGUAGAUAAGAAGAUAAUUUUAUAUAAAACAAAAAAAAAACAUCUGCUGCUUUGUUCAAUCAUCAACAAUAAUGAAAAAUCAAUAUUGUAUCGAAGGAGAAGAGCAUUUUAGCCGAGAGAGAAUUCUGGUUCUCCAACAUCACCGCACUGAGUGAAAGGUGUUUUAUGACUUCAAGUAUUAAUGGUUUUCACUGAGACAGACUGAUGGUUUCCUGUCUCCUAUUGAAGGAACUAUACAUUCAAUAUUCUAAGCGUUUUAAUAGCUGACUCGCUCGUUUCAGUGUAAUGUGUAUUUGGUGCACCAGUGUGUUAAAGUCUCUGUGUUAGAUGAACUAUUUUAAAAUGUAAGGGUUUUGCUUGAUCUGAGAGAAGGAGGUUGGUAAACUAAUGUACGGGCAACGGAGGCCGAUCUCAGGGUACUUUACUGUACAACCGCAGUGCAACAGUCAGUUCAUGUAUGUAAUCAAGCUCAUUUGUUGGAAUUCAAAAUGGACGGAAGAAAAUUUCAUCACUUUUAAAGUAUUUCUACUUGCUUUAUUAUAGAAAUUUGUGGGGUUUUUUUAAUACCAUAUUUCUGAGCAAGGUACUUUACGUAGCAUACCACCCCCCUACACCCCCCCCCAAAAAAAAAAAA